AUUGUUAUCCUCGUAAACUUAUUUUAUUAUAAUAUAUUUACAAAUCGCGUCUUCAUAAUAUUAAAAACUUAAGCUUCGAUUCAUAACGACAUGUUAUUUAGUAAUUUUAUGUGCUAUAAUAUGCAUUGAUGAUGGAGCGGUAGUUGCCGUUUAAUUCGUAAUAAAAAGUCGCGAAUUCAUACUUUGUUGUCUCGACAAGUUUCUCAAAUACUAUUUGGUACAAUCGUCUUUUAAUUGUUAUAAAAGAUUAUACAUAAUUGUUGUGGUACUUUAUUAGACAACAUGGUAAAUGUGGAGUUCUUAGGGAAUGAAAAUUGUGAAGUAAAUAUUCAUGAUUAAUAAUUAAUUUAAUUUAUAAAUAACUUACAUCAAGAUCUAUUUAGAAUCAGAAUCAGAAUCUAUAAUUUUGUUUUGAUAAAAAAAGUCCUUAAACCAAACAAUUAUAAAUAAAAUUGUUACACAAAACACAUCAUGUUUACACUAGCUAAAUUAGCGUAUUAUUCGUGCGACGAAAGUCAGAGACACUGGUAUAACACUAUCCCCAAGAAUAUUAUCAAAAUCAAUAUUAAAAAUUGUUGUGAUGAUCUUAUUCAAAUAACCAAGGGGACAAAACAUAUCAAUAGAUUAAAUACUUUAGUAUGUGCCAGUGCCGCAAAAUAUGGACAUUUGGACUGUUUGAAAUUUGCUCGUCUGAUGCAAUUUUCUUGGGACACUAGGACAUGUUCUACAGCAGCCAGAAAUGGGCAUUUGGAUUGUUUAAUAUAUUCUCAUGAAAAUGGCUGUCCCUGGAACAAACACACAUGUUCCAAUGCUGCCCAUAAUGGUCAUAUAAAUUGCUUGAAAUACGCACAUGAAAACAACUGUCCGUGGAACUUAAGUACAACAGACUGUGCUGCAAAAGGUGGAAAUUUAGAGUGUUUAAAAUAUGCUCACACACAUGGAUGUCCGUGGGAUGAAAGAGCAUGUAUGCUAGCAGCUUCUAAUGGACAUUUUGAAUGCUUAAAGUAUUGUUUUGAAAACGGAUGUUUGUGGGAUGAAGACACUUGUACAUGGUCAGCGUAUAAUGGACAUUUAAAGUGUUUGAAAUAUGCACAUGAAAAUGGUUGCGGAUGGGACACUAAUACCUGUGCUAAAGCUGCAUCGGGUGGCCAAUUAAAGUGUUUGAAAUAUGCUUUUGAAAACGGUUGCGUAUGGGAUAUAAGUACAAGCUACAAAGCUGCAGAGAGAGGACAUUUAGGUUGUUUGAAGUAUGCUCAUAAAAAUGGUUGUCCAUGGAAUGAACAUAUCACCUAUAUUGCUGCAGCAAAAGGAAACCUAAGCUGCUUACAAUACGCUCAUGAAAAUGGAUGCCGAUGGAAUGAAUCAACGUGUGCAGCAGCUGUCAAAAAUAAAAAUUUAGACUGUUUAAAAUAUGCUCGUAAAAACGGUUGCCCGUGGGAUAAGGCUACACGUACACUUGUUCUCAGUGAUAAACUCUUAAAAAAAAAAACAAAAGAUUUGCUUUUAGAUUUAGAGAUAUGAGAUUACUUAAUAUUAAUAUUUUUAGUUUAAUUUUUUUAAUUACAUCUAUAUUCAAUAAAAUAAUUAUUCUAUUAUUUUUUUUAAAAAAAAGAGCUAUAGGUUAAAUCAUUUAAGGCGCAACGACUGAAGUUAUUUAAUAUUUAUAAUAUGAUAAGAUUCGAUAAAGUAGAAUAUUGUAUGAGCCUAAUAACUUUUUCUCUACAACAUAUUUACAUGCAAUUUAAAAUAAGUUUAUUGUCCCUGCUAUUCAAUAUCAUAAUUCACUUGAAAAACAUUGUUUUUAUAAAUUAGUAAUUGAUUUUUGUAUUGUACAUUAUAAAUUUUUUUUUAAGUACACCACCAAAGCCAUUCUUCAAAUAAUUUAAUAUAGCGAAAUAAAGCAUUUCAUUAGUACUGUUAUUUUUUUUUUUUUUUUUAAAUCAAGUUUUGUCUAUUUUAUAUAAUUUAAUAAAUAUUUUAUACCAAUGUAAGUGUAUCAAAUAAGUAAAUGUUUUCGUUAUAUACCAUUGAGUAUUGAGUUAUUUUGUAUAUAUAGUACUAUAUUCUAUACUCAAUAAUAAUAUUCAUGAUUUAGGUAUACCUCUAACAUGAUUAAGAAAGGUGUUUAAAAUUAAAAAAUGUAGUUAUUUUUAGAUAUUGCAAUACUACUAUUAUAAUGUACUAUUAUUAACUAUUAUUGUACUGAAUUGUAUUAUAUUGAUUGUAAAUUUGAACUAUUUUAAUAAAGUUAUUAAUAUAAAUAUUGUAUGGAUUAGGUACUAACGUACUGUACUUUAAAAACAUGUAGGGGUAGCAUAACAUCUACUGUUAUCAACAAUAAAUGUAUACUUCCUUAUGAUAUUCAAUGUUUGGUAUCACCAGACAUUAUAGUACUAGACAGAGCAUUAAAACAAUUCACUGACGAGUGAUGUGGUCAUAUGAUAUAGAGUUUGCAGUAAUACAGUUAUUGUAAUAUCAAAAAAUUAUUGGGCGCAUGUGCCGUGAAGGGUGGUAUCUGUCUAUUAGUAUAAGAUCCAUAAGUAUCACAGUAUUUUUAUCAACUACUAUUAAAUAAUACAAGUAUCAACUCGUCAAGUUAUUAAAAAAAAUAUAUAUUAGCUUUGUUGAUUCAAACAUGUAUUGUUAAAAGUCAACAUAAAAAAGGUGGGUUAGUGGAUGUCGCUCUGCUGUACAUUAAGUUACAAGUGGGUCACUGUAAUGGAUGGUGUUAAAUUUGAAUUCAAUUAUAUAAUAUCAUUGUAUAAGAAAAACGAUUCUGAGCGAAAACGGUCAGUCAGCCUAUGAUAUUACCAAGUAUAUUUGAUAAUAUUACUGUGAAUAAAGUAAUUUAUAUAUAACCUAUUUACGUGGGGCCUUGUUUUCAAUUCUUAGCUAUAAAAGUUAAUCAUUUUAUAAAUUUUUAACUACAAAAAAAUUAUUAAACUUUGAAUUUGACAUAUUUUGUCAAAAUUUGAACUUUAAAUGCUUAUAAAAAAAAAAUAAAAAAUUGAAAACUGACAAUGUCCGUGAACAGCUUAAAAAGAGUCAAAUUAUUUUCAAAAUUUUAUCGUGUAUAGAAAAUGCUAAUGCAAACAUUCAGUGACAUUUUUAAGUAUCUACAGUCAUACGUUUUUUAAUUACAACAAAAUAAGAAAAUCGUUACAUGAAUAUCAAAUGUUGUAAAAAUAUGAAUUUCAAACGCUCAUAAAAAUUUAAUUUAAGUUUCUUUUUAACAUUUUUUUUUGAUAAAGGUAGACUAACUUAUGGAUAAUCUUGUAUUAUAUUUUCAAAUCUUCGAUUUUAAAAAGAAAAAUUUUAAUGAAUUCUCAACUCUAAAUAAUUUGCUAUAUUUCGCGAUUUUUCCGUAUUUUGUCAAAAUUUGAACUUUAAAUGCUUAUAAAUAAAAACUGUGACUAAGGAUUUUUAAUUUUUUUCAUCUGUCUUUGAAACAAUAACCUAGGAGCCUUCUAUUAAAUUUUCAAGCUUUUUUACUCUACAGAUAAAAUUUUAUUGAUAUUUAUAGAAAAAAAAACUAAAAAAAAAUGGAAAUUGACAAUGUCCG